AUGUAUGAGCAGUCAGUGUUGGCUCCUGCACCCUUAAUUUCUACUUAUUGGGAAUUGGCCUAUGCAGCAAAAUUGCCUGAUUUCUAUUCUGUAGCCUCACCACCGAUUACUGAUUCGGUGUUUAAGGGGACCAUCACCACAAAAACUCUCCCCACUUUGCCCUCUCCCAUUUUCUCACCUGAAACUCUCCCCACUUUCUCCCUCCUUGCAAGCGAGGAAAAAAUCGAGAAAGAACGAGCAAGACUUGUUGAUGAAUUGAAUAGAGGAUAUUUUGAUGAUAUUUCUAAGCUAAAACAACACGGUGGUAAGAUUACACUGGCAAAUAAGAUUCUAAUUCUUGGAAUUGCAGCAAGGAAGUUUCCUGCCAUGGAUGUUAUAUAUUCUGAUGGUAGAAAAUCAAAGCUGCCGAUUGUUUUUGAUGCAAGUGGCAUUGAUGCUAGCAAGUUGGCUGUCCCUGAAGCAUCUUUAGUCUGUCUAUCAUUUAGAGCAAACUCUCAGGCUAUGGUCGAUUCCUGAAGCAAGCCUUUUUAUGACGCCCUUUAGUGAGUCCAAGAGUGUGCAGCUAUAUGAGGUAAAUUUUCCAACUUGACAAAUUUGGUAGAAUAAGAUGGUUGGGCUUUGGUUUGGCAAAGCAAGAUACUUUUGGCUUGCCUGGAGCAGCUUAGUUCUUACACUGAAAGCCUGUUGGCUCAACAGGAUGAACAAGUUCACAGUUUUGAGAGACCUCAAUUUUGUUGCAGAAAACCUUGGUGUUGAGUUUUUCAAAGGUACUGUUGUGGUAUAAUAAUCUUCCCAUUACUGAUGAUGCGUAGAGUUGAAUGAAUUUUGUAUUAUUUUCUUCAACAAUUAGAAUAAAUUGUAUUUAUCUAUUCGAUAUCGAACCGGUUGGCAAAGCUGUUGAGGGAGUAUUGUAAUGAAGCAUUGGGAUUUUAUAAUGUAAAAACAAUUUUAUAAUGUAAUCUUUAAUGCAAAACUUUCUCAUUAA